UUGUUUUACACGUGCAGUUUGUUUUUCAUCAAUUUUAUACGUUUUUAAAGUAAUAAAAUGAAUGAUGAUGAUGAUGGAACACUUAUUGAGACUGUCUGCGACCAUAAGGAAGACGAGCAGCUGCCCACAAUAGUGCAUUUUCAGAAUGGAUCACUUGGAGGCACGGCUGAAUUCUGCACUCUGAUGAGCAAGACGGACCGGAAGAAGCAAGUCGUCGUUACGGCCGGCGAACAGGUAUACACAGGUGAUGUGCAGGAUAACCAGGAGUUCGAAACCUACAUCUGCAUACGCAACAAGUCCACCGACACAAUGAAGAUUGUCCCCGUACAGCAGUCGUUAGUCUCCAACUACAUUUACCAGCGUCUGGAUGGUCAGAAGCGCAAGAUUCCCAUGUUGAGCCGAGAGCUCGCCAACAAGAAGCUGCUCAAGGAAUUCGGCGGACGAAAGGCAUCCCGGUUCGUGGACAAUCACGAGAAGAUGCUGGUCAAUGUGGAUGUUGUGCGCCAGGACUUAGAUGAAACGGUGAAGUCGUCGGUCCAGCAAGAGGAUGAGGACGACGACACACUGGCGGAUGUGAGCACAAGCAACGAAGCGUACCUCGCCUCCAUUGUUCCAAAGUGCAACAAGGAGGCCACCGAUUUGGACCAGGUGUACGAUGUCGAAGAUGUCAUUCCCAGCGUCCUGCUCGAACGCCUGGAUGAAGAAGCCAAAGUGGUGUUCGCCACGCCCGCUUCGACACUUCCUAUCAAGUCGGAAUACCUAAAGAAUUGCAUAACCCGGAUCCAGGAGAAAAGUUUAACCUCCAAGCAGGACAUGCUGCACAUCAAGAUAAUCAUAUACUUGGACGCAUUGCAGUCACUGAUUUCCCUGCGUUCCCGACAAAUGCAGAAGGUGGAACUUUCGCGAAUUACGGAGAAGAUUGAGAAUGAUAUCCGUCAUCGUUUUGAGGAUCCCAAUGUGGCCAAGCGAGGCACUCGCACCAAUUUCAGCACAGAGAAGGCAUUAACGCACUUUAUUGUCCUGGCUUUGCUUAUCAGCGAGAAGCACGAAGUGGAUAUCAAUGUUCUUUCCCGCCUGCUGGCCACCAGCAAGGAACGAAUCAAGCAGUACGCCCAUCUCGUCAACGCCCUGCCCAAAUCCCGCUCAGAUACGCUAAGCCUGCGCCUGCCCAGCAAGGUGCCACCACUGAAAGCGGGUCGCCGGUUCCAACGCAAGAAGUAGGAGUCCGUGUGCGCGCACCAAGGACACCCCGCCCCUUCAUCGAUUUAACAAACCCGGGCACACGGGUCAAUAAAGUUUAUUUUAGUAAUAUUCCAAA